CGAUCUUGGCAUUGCUAAAGUUCCCUGUGCUGAAAUUGACAAUCUCUACAAGCUGCAGUUACAGAAUAUAGUUCGUUUUAGCAUAUUUUAAUUAGUGUAUAAAAUAGUGCAAUUGAUUUAAGUAGUUUAUUUUAUUUAGUGUUUUUGAUUCGUUGUGCAUUAUUCGUUUUAUCGUUUUAUUUAAGUUAGGUGUACGCCAUUGCUAGUCGGCUUUCAGUAUUUUCAUAACCUAUUGAUAUCGAAAUGAGCAGAAAGGAGAAAGAAGCCGAAGAGGGUGUUACAGAAGGCGACGAAGUGUUUUCUGUAGAAAAGAUUUUAGACAGGCGCGAGCGAAAUGGCAAGGUUGAAUAUUACUUAAUGUGGAAAGGGUAUGGAGAGGAGGAUAACACCUGGGAACCUGAAGAAAAUUUAGACUGUCCUGACCUAAUAAAUGCCUUUGAAGAGCAGAGGAAAAAAAAUGAAGCAGAUGCCUUAAUUUCAUCUGCAGUUAAAAAGGAAGUGAGCAAAGAUAUGGCAAUGAACAAUAGAAAGCGCAAAUCAAAUUCGGUGAAUUCUACUGAUCAGAAAGGAGCUAAAAAGAAAUCGAGUGAUGACAGGAAACAAGGCUUUGAUAGGGGUUUAGAAGCUGAACGAAUUAUAGAUAUGUAUACCACUGAUCUUACAGUAAAUUGACGACUUGUUUUUAAUUAAUAAUAAAUUAAGUUUUCUAGAAUUUUAAUCUAUUAAUUAUUUUAGACAUGCCUGAUAGUUUAUACAACUUGAAUGUAUUGUAGAUAGUCCAUUAUAUUGCAUGCAUAAAUAUUUGGUCUAGCAACAAAAUGAGUGACUUUGGUUUGGCAAAAAGCAGGGCAAGUAUCUGCCAAAAUCAUUACGCAUUAUUACAAUGAUUGAUCAAUUUUUCAAAAUCUAGUGAAAUGUGUAAAGUUUCAUAUUAGGUUAUACUAUUCACUUUCACACUUUCUCUAAACCAAUAUUAAUCUACUGACAGUACAUGAAGCAUCUAUAAACUGUUUAAAAUAUUAAUGAUAAAUUGAAUGAUGCAGUUGAUAAUUAUUUUUCGAAAAAUGUUUAGCUUUUUAAGAUUAUAACGUAAAAUCUAAUGUGGAAAUGUGAAUGAUUUUUGAAUUGUGUUAAUUUCAUAUUCCGUAAUAUUUCAAAUUUGUCUUACAAAAUGUUUGUUCUUGUGACUUUUUUUUGUUUUUCAAAACAGAAAUUAAGUAUGACUAUAAACAGUGAAAUCACCUACCACAAAAGUUUGUAAUAAUGAAACAAUGUUCAUUGUAGCAAAAUAAUUUGCGCAAUAGUGAGUGAAAGUGACCCUAAACUGAACAGUGUAUUAGAAAUCAGUGGAAAAGGAGCCUGAGACUAUAUAUAGUAUAAUAUUUUGGAUGUAUUAACCCUUAGCCCCUGUAUCGUUUAAGAUGUUAUCUACUUCUGAGAAAAACAUACAUGCUGUAGACAUAUUGAGUAAAAUUUUAGAACCAAGUAAGGAUAAUGUUAUGAAAUUUGUUUUAUAUGAAUUUGUGGACAUUAAAGAA